GUAAUAGUAUUACAUUAUUAUCUAUUUUAAAUGAAUGAAUCUCUCUCUCAAAGAAACUGACGAGACAUUGAAAACUCCCAUCUACCUUUUCUCUUUCUCUCUCUCUCCCUCCCAAAGUCGAACCUGCAAUCCCUAAAUCCCCAAUUUGAGACCAUCUCCAGUUCGUCAUCGUACGACGACUCUCUCUCUCUCUCUCCUCUUCUCUGUAUAGUCGAAUUAUAUUACAAGUUAGAUAGAUAGCAUGAAUUGGUUACCUGAAGCUGAAGCUGAGGAUGACUUCAAAGGUCUUCUCUCUGGUGAUUUCUUUGAUGAUCUCAUCAAUCACCUUGACGUCCCUCUUGAUGACAUUGAUACCACCAAUGGUGAAGGAGAUUGGGUUGACAGGUUUCAAGACCUUGAGCCUCCUCCCAUGGAUAUGUUCCCCACUUUGCCUUCUGACCUCACCUCUUGCGGCUCUGGCAUGGCCAAGGCCCCUCGUGUGGAUAUUCAAAGGAACAUUCCUGCUUUGAAACAGUCCUAUUCUUCUGAAGCCUUGUCCAGCACUCUCCACCAAUCUUCAGCUCCUCCUGAAAUCAAAGUUUCGAAACUAUUUCAGUCUUUAAGUCCAGUGUCAGUUCUCGAGAACAGUUAUGGUUCUCUCUCGACCCACAACAAUGGAUCUCAGAGAUUGGCUUUCCCUGUGAAAGGCAUGAGAAGCAAGCGCAAACGCCCCACAACACUGAGACUUAGCUACCUUUUCCCCUCUGAACCCCGAAAGCCCGAGAAGUCAACCCCGGGCAAACCUGAAUCCGAGUGUUACUUUUCUUCUGAGCAACAUGCCAAGAAGAAACGCAAGAUCCACCUGACCACCCGCACGGUCUCUUCCACUCUGGAGGCAAGCAACUCGGAUGGGAUAGUCCGCAAAUGCACUCAUUGCGAGACAACCAAGACCCCACAGUGGAGGGAAGGACCCAGUGGACCGAAGACCCUCUGCAAUGCUUGCGGAGUGAGGUUCAGAUCUGGUCGCCUAGUUCCAGAAUACCGACCAGCCUCAAGCCCCACCUUCAUCCCAGCUGUGCAUUCAAACUCACACAGGAAGAUCAUUGAGAUGAGAAGGAAGGACGACGAACAGUUUGAUAGCAGCAUGAUUCGGGCAGUGAUAUCCAGAGGGUAAAGCAGUUUUUUUUUUAAAGUUUGGUCUCUGAUCCGCAGAAAUGGGAAGUCAGUGGAGGAAGAAGAUGGUAUAAAAGUAGGGUUUAGUGACUGUUUUCAAAUCUGAUGAAGAGAGUUUAGUGGUUUAGUUCAAGUUAGGGAUAUGAAAUAUUUUGUUGUUUCAUUAUGUGUUUUUAUCUUUAUCUCUUGGCUGACAUUUGUGUAUCAGAGGAAAACAGGUGAAGCCAAAGUUUGCUCUCUUUUUUUCGCUAUUUCAAAUCUAUUCUUUUUAUUCUUCAAUCCCAUAAUCUUCUUCUUUUUUUCAUCUGUUUUACUAUUUUGCAUUAGUUGAAAAAUAAACGCCCAUCAAAUUCAG